UGAUAACACACUGAUGUUUUCAGUUGUUGCCAAGCAGUCAAGGACUUUCCAGCUUCUCAUACUGCCCUGCCAACGAGAAGGCGGGGGUGCCCAAGAAGCUGGGAGGGGACACGGCCAGGAGAGCUGACCCCAACUGGCCACAGGGAUAUUCCACACCAUAUGACGUCAUGCUCCGUGUGUAACGGGGGUUGGCUGGGAGGCGGUUUGGCUCAGAAACUAGCUGAGCCUCGGCUCCAGGAGAAGCUCUAGGGCUCACUUCAUGAUGACCGCCAGCCCACCUCAGUGUGUGUGUUGAUUCCGGGGACCCACAGAACUGGCAUGCCUGAACCCCAAGUGAUGGAAGCGUUGGAGGUACAUGGAAUCCCGGGGCUACAUCCCACUUCCAUCUCCUAAAGGACAUCUCCAGCUCCGAGGAGAAGAAAUGGCAUCAGAUAUUCCCGGCUCGGUGGCCUUGCCGGUGGCACCGAUGGCGAGUGGACAAGUGCGAAUGGCAGGAUCCAUGCCUUCCAGAGGAGGAAAGCGCCGCUCUGGAAUGGACUUCGAUGACGAAGAUGGGGAGGGGCCCAGCAAAUUUUCAAGGUAUGAUGGUGAUCAAAUCUCUGGUGAUAAGGAAAAGUUUGCAAGGGAGAAUCAUAGUGAAAUUGAGAGACGCAGGAGAAAUAAGAUGACCCAGUAUAUCACCGAACUGUCUGAUAUGGUACCCACUUGUAGCGCGUUGGCUCGUAAGCCUGACAAGCUAACGAUUCUUCGGAUGGCCGUUUCACACAUGAAAUCAAUGAGGGGCACUGGAAACAAAUCUACUGAUGGAGCCUACAAGCCUUCAUUUCUUACAGAACAGGAACUGAAACAUCUUAUCCUGGAGGCUGCAGACGGGUUCCUGUUUGUAGUUGCAGCUGAGACGGGAAGAGUGAUCUACGUAUCCGAUUCUGUGACUCCUGUGCUGAACCAGCCACAGUCUGAAUGGUUUGGCAGCACUUUGUACGAACAGGUUCAUCCAGACGACGUGGAAAAGCUGCGAGAGCAACUGUGUACAUCCGAGAACUCAAUGACAGGACGAAUCCUGGACUUGAAGACUGGAACAGUAAAGAAAGAGGGUCAGCAGUCCUCGAUGAGAAUGUGCAUGGGAUCAAGGCGCUCUUUCAUUUGCAGGAUGAGGUGUGGAAACGCUCCUCUGGAUCAUUUACCUCUGAACAGGAUAACCACCAUGAGAAAAAGAUACAGGAAUGGCCUUGGCCCGGUAAAAGAAGGCGAAGCACAGUAUGCUGUUGUCCAUUGCACUGGCUACAUCAAGGCUUGGCCCCCAGCAGGAAUGACUAUACCAGAAGAAGAUGCUGAUGUGGGACAAGGUAGUAAAUAUUGCCUCGUGGCAAUAGGAAGGCUUCAGGUGACUAGCUCUCCAGUGUGCAUGGACAUGAACGGCAUGUCGGUCCCCACUGAGUUCUUGUCUAGGCACAAUUCUGAUGGAGUCAUCACCUUUGUCGACCCAAGGUGCAUCAGCGUCAUUGGCUACCAGCCCCAGGAUCUUCUGGGGAAAGAUAUUUUAGAAUUCUGCCAUCCUGAAGAUCAAAGCCAUUUGAGGGAGAGUUUCCAACAGGUUGUGAAACUGAAAGGUCAAGUCCUGUCUGUGAUGUAUCGUUUUCGUACCAAAAACCGGGAAUGGAUGCUGAUCAGAACCAGCAGCUUCACAUUUCAGAAUCCUUAUUCUGAUGAGAUCGAAUACAUCAUCUGCACCAACACUAAUGUAAAACAACUUCAGCAGCAGCAAGCAGAACUUGAAGUACAUCAAAGAGAUGGGCUGUCAUCCUAUGACUUAUCUCAGGUGCCUGUUCCAAGUAUACCAGCUAACGUUCAUGAGGGUGGAAAGUCUGUGGAAAAGCCUGAUGCUAUCUUCUCCCAAGAGAGAGAUCCUAGAUUUGCCGAGAUGUUUGCUGGAAUAACUGCUUAUAAAAAAAUGAUGGCCUCAGCAUCCACAGCAGGAAACCAGCAGCUUUACUCACAGGGAAGCCCAUUUCAGCCAGGACAUUCGGGAAAGACUUUCAGUUCAUCUGUGGUACAUGUGCCUGGCGUGAACGACAUCCAGUCGUCUUCAUCAACAGGCCAGAAUCUGACACAGAUAUCUCGCCAGCUAAAUCAGAGUCAGGUUGCCUGGACAGGAAAUCGCCCACCGUUUCCAGGACAGCAAAUUCCAUCUCAGUCUGGCAAGGCUCAGUCCUCUCCCUUUGGGAUUGGAACAAGUCACACCUACCCAGCUGAUCCAUCAUCAUACAGCCCCCUUUCCAGCCCAGCCACCUCUUCUCCGAGUGGGAAUGCCUACUCCAGCUUAGCAAACCGAAGUGCAGGGUUCGCUGAAGGUGGCCAGAGCAGCGGCCAGUUCCAGGGGAGACCUUCCGAAGUCUGGUCCCAGUGGCAGAGCCAACACCACAACCAGCAGAGCGGCGACCAGCAUUCGCACCCGCAGCCCAGUCAGACCGAGGUGUUCCAGGACAUGCUGCCAAUGCCGGGGGAUCCGACGCAGGGUACUGGCAACUACAACAUUGAAGAUUUUGCUGACCUAGGCAUGUUUCCACCAUUUUCUGAGUAGCUUGCGAAGCAGAAAUAGAAGUUCUUCUCCAAGGCCAUUUCAGUGUAAUUUUGGCUCUGCUUUUUCUGUGUUGCAUUUCUGUAGAAGCUACUAAACCAGAAGACACAUUUCUCAUGUUUCAGAUAGUGGUGUAGGGCUUGCUCUCUCCUCCUUGGGGUGCGUCAUUGCCGAAAGAGGAGCUUCAGCACUUGUUAAUGUUCAUUGACAGCUCCAUUAUUUUUUUUUUUCAUUUUAUUGUCAUCUACCUCAGAGAUGAAAAACUUUGCUUGAUUUUAAAAAAAAAAAAUCUCUGAGUCUUAAACAUUUGAAUGUGAAUGAUACAUAAUAUUUCCUUUGAAUGGUAAUUUUUAAAUAGAUAAUGAAGUAACAAAGACUAACAGAGAAGAGGUAAGGUAAUGUCUUGUUACAGUGCCUACCGCUCAAUUUCGAUGCCUUGCUUUAAGCUUAAGUUUCUGGAAGCAGACACAAUAUUCUGUUUUCUUUGAUUCUUGUAGUUUUUAGGUCACUUUAAAUGUAAGAUUAAGCAACAUAAUGUAGGCCUCUCUCACCAGAAGAUUCAGCUCCGCCUUUUCUAACUUAAACUUGAAUGUGUGUACAUUUUGGUACUUUAUGUAUAUCUUGUGCUGUAUGAAGUGAUUUCCUGUACUGGUUUCUUUUGACUUUACAAAGGGUCUGUUCCGGAGUGUACUGAAAAGGUUGACGAUAUACGUGGAGGAUUUAGAUAUCGUAGGAGUCUCCAUCGCUUUACAUAGGUGUUCUUACUUUUAAUUCAGGUGGUUCUCUAUUCAGAACAAGCAUUUACUUACAUAAGCUGUUAGUCUGUUUUUGCACUGAAUUGAGGCCUAUAACUCUACACAUUUCUCACUGGCUGCUUUAAUUUCUAUUGUUCUUGCUUUCCCAAAAAUAUUGCCUCUUAAAAAAUGACUGUAAACACAUCAAGAUUGCAUUUUCUAUAUUAGCUGCAUUUCCCUUCUGUGAAGUACUUUUUUAUACUGUGAAACCUCACAUUUUAACAGUGCAAGGUGGUGGCCUAUUACUAGGAAAUCAUUUAAGCUCAUUUGCUGCAAGCAGUGAGAUGGUUUUGUAGUGUAUCAUUUUUUUAGAGUGAGUUGGUAGUAGAUAUCAAUUGGACUAUCGUCCACUGCGUACACAGUGAUAACUUGAAUUUUUGCUUGGAUUCCCAAGCAAUCACUCCUGUUAAACCCUGUUAACCCUAUUCUGUUAAAUAUGGGAUUUUCAGCUUACCAAGUAUGUGGAGGACUCUUGACGUUUCCGAAUGCUAUAUGCUUUUCCGCAGAGGUAAGUUAAUCACCUUCCUCUUGGGCGAGUCACCUACCAUAUGUCUUCAGCAGAAAUGUGGUAGAAAGCUUUUUAUUCAGUAUUCAUAUGCAUGAUGAGUUACAGAGGUUGGGUUAUAAGGUCAGCAUUUUUAUCCAGAUCGUUUCUUCUGGGAUGGGAGCAGAAGGAAUCACUCAUGAAGAACAAGGAACCCGGAGUUCUCGCAUGCAGGUUGUUCAUAACCUUUGAGGUUGGAUGGUGGUGGCGAGCCUUUGCAGAGGAGGAAGGGGGCAGCUUCCCUCAGCCUUUGUGUAUUCAGGGGCCGUGACGGACCUUGAAACAGCAACCCCAGGGCAUAGCCCCCAUCUAGAAGAUCUCGAUGUCCGCAGCGCUUCUUAGCCCUCACUAAGGUCUGCCUUCUGGUAGCUCCUCUUGAAUUCUGGGGUGCUUCUGAUGGGAGGCACCCUGCACAUCACUGCAGCCCAUCUGGCCUGCAGCCUGCUCUGGCCACCCAGGUUCCAUGUUGAGAAGCAAUGCAGGUGGCUGGGCUGCAGCAAACGAGACCCAGGGACGUGGCUUUAACAGUGAAGCGUAUGGUGGUGUUCCCAUCUGACUUUGCUGUCUCCAAGAGCAGCAUGUAGUUUUCAGUGUCCGGGAAGAGUCCUUCCUACUGUUUCUCUUGCUAAAUCUGGGACCAAUCUCUUGCUCUACAUGCAAGUGGGGCUAGGGACUCUUUUUUUUUUAGGAAAUUUUUGUAUAUCUGUAGAUGCAGUACUGGAGAGGUCUCCGAUCUCCUGGUCUGUACUUGCCUCACCAAAAUCACACUGAGAACAAACAAAAAAACCUCCUCUCUCUUCUCUCCCAGAGAUCGGGAAAAUACCUUCUUAGGCGAGCAAGCCAAGCACUUAUGAACUAUUCUUUUAAAUACAUGGAAAUUUAUUCACAUGGAGCCUUCUCUCUUUCUGCUCACCCUGCUCAGACAAAUGACUGCUCAUUGAAUUAGGUAAGGCAAAGCUCUGCGGCUGAGCGAGGUGGGCAGUGUCUGUGCAGCGGGACGUGCUUUUAACAGGGGCUGAUCACGAGGGAGAGAGCAAUAGGUGAGCAGUUUGUAUCCCUGCGCAGAAGAUGCUUGACAUGAUGAACGUCAUUUUUUCUAAAAUUUUUUAAAAACAUUUCUCCAUAAAGUGAAAAACGAAUUGAAAAAGUGCUGUUCCUCUGUUUUAUUUUACCCAGCAAACUGCUCGAAGUAUAUUUAUAAUUUACGUUUGUUCCUGAAUUCAAUCUAAAAAUAAGGUUUUUAAAGUAAUCUUUCUCCUGACAUCAGUGAUGAUAACUUCCUCAGUGUGUCAUGGUUUUUAUACUACUGUAGAGGGCUUCUCAUGUACAGGAUUUGGUUGUGCAGUUAGAAGUGCACUGUUAGCAGAAUUUCAAGCACAUCUCUCUCUGUUGUUGUUGUUGGGUUUUAAAUACAGUAUUAUUUUUUUGAAGCCAAUAUGCCUGAGACAUCAGAGCAUGGACUGCUUCUCACCUUGUAGACCACUCCGGCCUUUCUGGUUGGGAAAGGGGAUGGCUACCCUGUGAAGGGGCAGUCCGGACAGUGCCAGGUUUGGGUUUUCCCUGUGAGCCAUCAUCAUCCCUCAUUUCUGUUCCACCAUCCCGAGCCAGUGCUUUCUUCUCGGCGUUUCCUUACCUCCCCUCCCGUUCCCGGCCGUCCCAUCUCUGCAGCGCUUUCCCACGCCCGGGUGGGAGGCGUUAGGUUGCCGUUCCUGAGCCAGCGAGGAGGGAGCACUUAAUGACUUUAAAGUUUGGCAACUUUGUGCUUCUGACCGAGUGAACGAGCAUGUUCAGCAUUUGCUACCGCCGCUGGGCAUCCUGCGCUGCCCUCGCCGCCUGCUGCUGUCGUGUCAGUGGCUUGCUCCUCUGAAACAGCCUCGUCCCAGGUCUUGUGGCCAAAAAAGCUGCGUAGCGGUGGCUGUGCCGUAUCGUUUUGUCACAUGUUUUGUUACUAAAGCGACUUACUUAUCCUAUAGGUGCAGUUCUAAAGUGCAUUUGGAAUGCUAACGUUUUUAUUACGUGCCCUUGGUGUAGCUUUGCUGGCACUUUGGCUGCCGGUUUCCGGGAUUUCGCAGGUGGUGGAUUUCUCAUUUCUUUUGUGUUUUUUAAGCUGGAAAUAAAGCUGUGAUUUCGGAUCAAACUGUGUUGCAAACGCAGUCGUUCUUGAAACUCAAUCUUUCGGGUUUUAAACUGAUGGAGCAAGAAACUGCAAAUAGUAGUGGUCAGGGUGAGUUAUUUCAAUGAGCGGGCAUAUAGACUGAGAAGAUUUUAGAUACUAAAAUAAUGACAUUCAUUUAUUGAGAGAAGCAAUCCUGUUUAACAAGAGGGACUCCAUCAGAUUACUUGUUAUAAGUGCUACUGGCAGUACCUGUGGUGAUGCUUUAACCAGAUAGUUCCAUUUGUAGCUUCGUUGCCUUUUUUUUUCUUCUUUUGAAGUACAGUAUGAAACUGUAAAUACUUCUUGCAGUACUGCCUUUUUAACUCUUAAUUACUUUUGGCACAGUGUUAAAUAGUGUUGGAUUUACCCAAUUGCUAUGACAUAUAUUUUUAUACAUAGGUGUACUCUUUUUUCGAGAAUAAUACAGCCAUUUUGUCAUUAAUGCCUUAUCGGUGUCAUACUGCUGUUGCUCUUUGUUUGCAAGGUAUCGAGUGGACUAAUUUCUAGUUCAGAUAUUUUCACUUUUCCUGGCAGUGCUCAAGUUUGGCUUCAGGUGAUUUUUGCCAGAGUCCCAUUUUUCACAGUUGUUAGCUGUGAGAAGAGGAGAAUGUGGGCUUGGUUUUGUUUCUAUUAACAGAGCAAAGAAAAGGUGAUGGCAUCUAAUUCUCUUUAAAAGGUCAGUCUUUUCCUACUCUAAACCAGAGUGCGUUUCAGGGAACUGAUGACUGUGGGCAGUGAUUACUUUGUGUAGAUUAAUGGUCUUUAAAAAAAAAAAAAGAAAAAAAGAAAAGAAAAAGAAGAAAAAGAAAA